UCGCGCUUAUUUAAAGUACUACAGGUUAUAAGGGGUACAUUUUACAAGUGACAAAAGUACUAGAUUCUCAAAUCGGAGAUUGGGAUUGGCGAUUGGCUACAUUGCAUCUGUAAGAUGCGAAAAAUCGGGAAAAAUGGAUGACGAGAGUGAAUAUAUUAGUUUUGUCUAAACUUUAUCUUAGCAGCAAAAUGGGUAAUCAAUUAGUGGGCAUUGCGCCCAGUCAAAUAUUUCCAGUAGAACACUAUUUGACGGAUCAUAGCGAUUUAUUGUUCGACGUAAACUUAGGAAGUACUAGAUUUUUCAAAGUGGCUCGAGCUCGCAGCCAGGAAGGCCUGAUAGUUGUAAAAGUAUUUGCAAUUCAUGAUCCAACAUUGCCAUUAUCUACCUAUAAGGACAAGCUAGAGGAGAUUAGAUCAAAGCUAGCCUCAGCUGUCAACUGCCUACCAUUUCAACGAAUGAUUCUUACAGAAAAAGCAGGCUCAAUAAUGCGAGAAUAUGUAAAAUAUUCUCUUUAUGACAGAAUCAGCACUAGACCAUUUUUAACAAGCAUUGAAAAAAAGUGGAUUACUUUCCAAGUAUUGUAUGCUCUUCAUCAAGUUCAUAAGUUUGGAGUUUGUCACGGUGACAUAAAACUGGAAAACAUUAUGAUAACUAGCUGGAACUGGGUAUUACUUACAGAUUUUGCUAGUUUUAAACCAACAUAUUUACCAGAAGAUAAUCCUGCGGAUUUCUCAUACUUCUUUGAUACUUCCAGGAGAAGGACUUGUUACAUAGCACCUGAACGAUUUGUGAAAACAUUAUCCUCAGAAUUAAGCAAUACAUUGUUAUUGCCAGAACAAGAAGUAAAAACAGGCGAUCUACAUCCCAUGAUGGAUAUCUUUUCUGCAGGAUGUGCUUUAACAGAAUUGUAUAAUGAAGGCCAUCCACCAUUUGAUUUUUCACAGCUUUUAGCAUACAGGAACAAUGAAUAUUCAGUGAACAAACACUUGGACAGUAUAGACGAUCCAGGAAUACGAGAGUUGCUUGGGUCAAUGCUCGAGAGAAAUCCGUUAAACAGAAAGAGUGCUGAAAUUUAUCUGGCUCAAGCUCGCGGUAUCAUUUUUCCGGAAUAUUUUUAUUCCUUUCUGCAAUCUUAUAUGCUCAUUUUUUCCGCCGCUCCGAUUUUAUCACCGGACGAAAAAAUAACUAGAUUAAAAAAGGACAUUGGCAAUAUUAUAAGUAUAUUAAGGGCAGAAGAAAAUGAACGAACGAGAAUGAAAUCUACAGAAACAAAAUCUAGCCAAUGCGAAAGUAACAUGGAAUCGAUUAAGGACGAUUCUGGUCACAGUGAGGAAAACACUAUGGUAGAAGUCGACAGCGAUCAAAGCUCCGAUAAGACCGAUUUGAAUCAACUUGACAUGAAGAGUACAAUUCAAGAUGUUAGCACUGAAAGUCAAGUAGAAGUGGAACCAGAACUUAAAACAUCUGUGGAUUGUAAACAAACGUGCAAUGAAGAAUCCCAGAAACCAGUUUUAGCUUCGACUGACAUUCUAGAAGGACUCGUUAUCAUAACUCAACUUGUUACAUCUUGCAUAAGAGGAUUGCAUCACUCGCAAUCUAAAUUAUAUAGUUUAGAAAUAUUAUUGGAGCUAGCUGAAAAUGUUUCCGAUGAGACAAUUCUUGACAGAAUAUUACCUUACAUUUUCCAUCUGGUCCACGAUCCGGCACCGCGAGUAAGAGUAUCGGCGAUACAUACUUUGACAAAGUGUUUGCAUCUUGUGAAAUCGAUACCAUCUUCGGAUGUGAACAUAUUCCCUGAAUACAUUCUACCAGGUUUAGCACAUAUAACCCAAGAUGACGCAGUUAUUGUUAGGGCAGCUUAUGCGGAAAAUAUUGCACAUUUGGCACAUAUUGCUUUACGUUAUCUAGAGAAUGCUCAUCUGUCUAACUUGAACAACAAAGAGGGGCCAAAGCCCAGUUAUGAUAGUGAACUGCAAACCUUGCAUGAAAUGGUCCAACAAUCAGUUUCAAUGUUGUUAACAGACCCCCAAAAUUUAGUGAAACAGACUUUGAUGGAGAAUGGAAUAAAUAAAUUGUGUGUAUUCUUUGGCAAACAAAAGGCGAACGAUAUUUUACUCAGUCACGUUAUCACAUUCUUAAACGACAAAGAGGACAGGGAAUUGAGAGGUUCCUUCUUUGAAUGCAUAGUGGGUGUGGCUGCAUAUGUUGGUUGGCAUAGUAGCCCUAUAUUAAUGCCACUUCUGCAGCAAGGCCUAUCUGAUCCAGAAGAAUUUGUAACCACAAAGGCCAUAAAUGCUAUGGCGACGCUUACAGAAUUAGGUCUGCUGCAUAAAUCUGCUCUCUAUCAACUAUUAUCAGAAACUAUGGUUUUUCUGGUUCAUCCAAAUUUAUGGAUACGUCAUGCAACCGUCGGCUUUAUAUCCGCGGCGGCGAGGACUUUGAACGUAGUAGAUGUUCAGUGUAAAGUUCAGACGAUGCUUCAACCGUAUUUGAAGCAUUCAUUGAUCCAGAUAGAAAAGGAGAUUUUAUUGCUAGAGGCUCUCGUUCCUCCCAUAUCCAGAAUAGUGUACGACUCUGUAGUAAAGUAUAACGAUGUGGAGGAGUUGUUUCAGGUACUCGAACAAAGACAGGCAGUCAGAGCGAAAGCUGUGAUGGGUGUCGUGCCACCACAAUAUAACGAUAUGAGUACGUCUUUACGAAACCUUUUUAGGCGACUGAGUUCAGAAUCGAUGACAGAGGCAGUUGAGGAUCAAUUGCUGAUCAUGAAACCACACUUGAUUAAGAUCAAUAAAUACCGUUCUGUUGACACGAAGCAAAAUAUUGUAAAGCUUGCGGACGGCAAGCUGGAGCUAAGUCCAGUGAAGGAUAGGAUAAGACACCAUGUCGUUGUAUUGUAUCCCGAUGCGAAAGGAGACUUGACUUUGCCACCCUUCAAGAGAUUAGAUCGAAGAACAUCGGAGACCGUUGGCACGUAUGCAACAAUGAAUCAGGAAUGGCGCACGAUGUUUGCAGCUCAAGACAAUGCUCAGCAUGCUAUCGUUAAAAUGUCAGACAUGACUGGAAGCAGUGGUAGUCCUAGUCAGAGCAUACAUAGCGGAGAUAUUCAUUUAUCUCCUCAUCAUUGUCUGUCAGAUAUGACCAGCAUUAAUUCUCUCAUGAACGAUCAUUCGCUCCACGAACGGUCCUACAUACAAUAUAGAUGUGCACCAUGUCGAUUGGAAGUACGGCAAUUAACGUGUCGAAAGCAGGAACAACAUACGGCAAUAUUAAGAGCGAAGUGUUGGGCUAAUAACGUCUGCGAAGCCGGCUCUACGUCAAUGCCAAAGGAUUGGAGGCCCCGGGGAGUUCCGGUCGCGCAUCUUCACGAGCACCGAGCCGCGGUGAAUAGAUUGGUUUCGAUACCGGAUACCAGUUUAUUUGCAAGUAAUUCUUCCGACGGAUGCAUUAAAAUUUGGGACGCCAGUAAAAUGGAAGGACGAAACAUUGCUAAUCGUUCUAGGCAAACGUACAUGCACAGAGGAGGCCCAUUGGUUGGCUUAACCGUGUGCGACCAAGGGCAAUCUUUAGCUAGUUCGGCGAGCACAUCCGGAACGGUAUUCGUACUUCGGAUUGAGUCAAAUUCUAGUAAAAUGAGUCUAAUUGGCACUCGUCAAUUGGAUCUUCAGGAAGAAGGAUGUGCCGUUGAUCUGCAAUAUCUAGAUUGCGGCUCUCAAUCGGUUCUCGUGUAUGCUUCGUUAUACGGAUCGCUAGUAGGCUGGGAUUUGCGGUGUCCUGGGACAAUAUGGCGUUUGGAGAACGAUUUGAAACACGGAGUUAUCACAUCAUUCUGCGUAAAUAGUCAUCAGCAAUGGUUGACUCUCGGUACUAGCUCGGGUAUUCAUACCUGUUGGGACUUGAGAUUUCAAUUGCCAAUAACGAGUAUCAAGCAUCCGACAGGCGCCAGAGUGCGAAAGGUCAUUACGCAUCCAACGGAACAUUCGUGGAUAAUCUCGGCGGUACAAGGUAAUAACGAGAUUUCAAUGUGGAAUCUGGAAACUGACCAUCGACAAAUGGUUCUGUGGGCGUCGAACGCCCCGCCAUUGAGUCGCACUCAGGCCGGUCAUAGUGUGUGUGCCAUGUACGCCGGAUGCAUCGACUGCUCGGGCUUUCUCCUAGCCGGUGGCACCGAUAUGCGGCUACGUUUCUGGGAUUUUAAUAGGCCCACCACGUCUUACGUUGCUCUGCCUGCUGCCAAUGAUGGUCUCACGCCGAAUUCAUUAGCAUAUGAUUUACGUUUAAUAGAUGGAACGAAUGUUGUACAAGAAGUAAUGGUAGAUGAUGAUUCUAAUCCGUCAUCCGGAAGUGACGCGAGAGGAAGAAACAUAGAAGAAAAUGGUCCUGAAACUCCACCUUCUGGCCAACACGACACGAUCUCUGCCGUGGCUAUGUCGAAUAUGUGCUUUCUCACCGGGAGCACGGACGGCCUAAUACAAGUUUGGAAAUGAUUGUUUUUCACGCUCCCAUACUUGAUUCCAAAGUUCCUCGCUCGGACGACAAAAGGUUUUUUACAGUGCAAUGCGGAUUUCUCUCUUGUAAUAACGAAAUCAUUGUGAUUCAAGUAAGGAAUAAGUUAUUCUCUAGAAUAAUCCAAUAGGCAAAUUGUCCAGCAAUGUGGUCGGAUAAUUACCAUAGUAUAAUUUAUUUAAAGAGAGUCGGAAGAAUCGUGAUAAAACAGCAUGGAUAUAAUGCCACAAUAUUUCAUUUUGGCAAAAAUUAGUAAUUAUAUUUUUUAAACAAUUUUGUAAUUAUUGUUGACAUCAGGACUCAUUGCAAAUUGGUGAUAUCAUAUUCACUGUGUUCAAAAUAACUUUACAAAUCACAUCAAUUUAUUUGGGUUUAUAUCAUUUCUUUUUUUUUUUUUUUUAGAAAAUAUAAUUUCUAAAUAUAAUUUCUAAUAUAAUUUUAUAGAUAAAUUACAUACAAGUAAGAAAAAUACAAUUUACAAUUAGAUUUCAAUUUAAAUUAUAUUUUAUAUUGCUCAGUUUAUUCUUGGACAAUUUUAGGAUGGUUCUUAUUAUUUUCUUAAAUCAUAAAUAUCGAUAUGUAUGUACUAUGUUGCCAUGCUGUACUAACUCUGUGAUUCUCUCUGGACUGUAUAUAAAACAUGUAAUAUACAUGAUAUUUAAGAUUACCAGUUAUUACAAUUGCGCUAUAUAAGUGUGCAUUUUUUAAGAAAAUCGAACAUAAACUUGCAUUAUACCAUGUAUAAUAAUGUAUAUAAUUUAUUUUUGUACGUAAAAGACAGCGAAGAAAAAGAUAGCUUGGAAUAUUACUGAUAUAUUAGAGAGAUGUAACGAGUUUAGAAUGUCUAUAUUACACAAAUUGAUAGACAAGCCUUCGGAAUAGCUGUAUCUAAAUUAACAGAUAUUUACUUCCAUUUGCGCAUUUGUAAUUUAACACGAAAUUGCGCUGACACAAAUUGAUUUUGCAGUAUAGCAGAAUGUUUUUUUAUUAUAAAAUGUCUAAAAUACUAAUCCAUAAACUGUGUUUUAAUGGAUCAUUUAUAUCGUUCAAUUUUUUUAUCCUACAGUGGAUUGUAGAUAUUUGUAUCAACUUUUUUUUUUUUUUUUUU